GCCCGCGCGGCUGGCGGGAAGGGGUAAGAUGGCGGAGUAGCCGCGGCCGGCGUGGCCUGCGCUCUCCUCGCCGCGUCCCCUGUCAGGAGGCGGGUGGAUCCCAGCGCCGCAGCGGGCCGCGGUGCGAGGCGGAGCGGGGAGCGGCACGAGGGGAAGGAGGAGGGCAGCGCUCCCGCCGCCGCAGCCGCCGCCAUGCCCAACAUCAAGAUCUUCAGCGGGAGCUCGCACCAGGACCUGUCGCAGAAGAUCGCCGACCGCCUGGGCUUGGAGCUGGGCAAGGUGGUGACCAAGAAGUUCAGCAACCAGGAGACAUGUGUGGAAAUAGGCGAGAGCGUACGUGGGGAGGACGUCUACAUUGUGCAGAGUGGCUGUGGGGAAAUCAAUGACAAUCUGAUGGAGCUCCUUAUCAUGAUAAAUGCCUGCAAGAUUGCCUCAGCCAGCAGAGUCACAGCUGUCAUCCCUUGCUUCCCUUAUGCUCGGCAGGACAAAAAGGACAAGAGCCGAGCCCCGAUCUCUGCCAAGCUGGUUGCAAACAUGCUGUCUGUGGCAGGAGCAGAUCACAUAAUCACAAUGGACCUGCACGCAUCUCAGAUUCAGGGCUUUUUUGACAUCCCUGUUGAUAACUUGUAUGCUGAACCUGCUGUGCUGAAAUGGAUCAAAGAGAAUAUUCCUGAGUGGAAGAACUGCACCAUUGUUUCACCAGAUGCUGGUGGAGCCAAGAGAGUGACCUCCAUUGCAGAUCGAUUGAAUGUAGACUUCGCCCUCAUUCACAAGGAGCGCAAGAAAGCCAACGAGGUGGAUCGUAUGGUGCUGGUGGGUGAUGUGAAGGACAGGGUGGCCAUUCUGGUGGACGAUAUGGCAGACACGUGUGGCACCAUCUGUCACGCUGCAGACAAGCUCGUGUCAGCUGGAGCCACCAAAGUUUAUGCCAUCUUAACUCAUGGGAUCUUUUCUGGGCCGGCGAUUUCUCGGAUCAACAAUGCCUGCUUUGAGGCAGUGGUGGUCACAAACACGAUACCCCAGGAGGACAAGAUGAAGCAGUGCCCUAAAAUCCAGGUGAUCGACAUCUCAAUGAUCCUUGCGGAAGCCAUCAGGAGGACUCAUAAUGGGGAAUCAGUCUCCUACCUAUUCAGCCAUGUCCCUUUAUAACAACUGUUGCCAGCUUCUGCUUGUAUGGCUUUUUUUUUUUUUAUUUUAUUUUUAAAAAACCAAAACUUGUUCAGCUUGUUGUAAAGUCCAGUAGAAGACUCUGCUUGUUCCAGUGCAGUUCUCCACAGCUCCUCCUGCUUUAAACCAGGCUUUUACUGGCUCUGACCCCAGCACUGGGAGGCUGGGCCAUAAAACUCAUCUCUGUAACACUCCAGUUCUGCCAGCAGCCCCGUAUGUGGGGGCUCAUCAGUAGGAUUGGCUCAAUACUGCAGAUCUGUGGAGAGCAGGACUGACACAUGGCACAUUGCCACAAUUGGUUUUGGAGGGAGGGAGGGUGGGGAGAGGGUUUGUCUGUUGGCAGGGUUAGGUGACCUGUUGUACACACACCUUGAAUUGUUUGGGAAGUAGAUCACCCUAGGACAUGUGGGUCUGGAUGUACAAGAGCCCAAGAGACUGCUCUUAUUGCUUUACACGUGCCAGCUCUUAAGGAGGGAUGAGGAAGGCCUGUGUCUUGGCCAAGCUGUGACCAUAGCCGAAGCCCUGGGGACACUUAGGAAUGUUUCACACCUGGAGGUGGUUCAGCUACACCUUCCUCCUACGAAGGGAGUUGCUCCUUGGGCAAGUAUUCUACUCCCUCUUAUGCAGAGGAAACCUGCAGGUUGUGGGCUGUAGGUUUUAGGGUAGAUUAAAACCAGUUCCUCCAUUUCACAAGCUCCCAUUAGCUUUGCUGCUGACUGGAGGGCUGCUGUUGUGUGCUGUAGCUGCACCUGGACAUGCUGUGCACAUGUACCUUGGUCUGUUUGCACCAGUACUCUGGUCACUGAGCCUCUCCACCCCACAAAAGCUUGGCUUCUGGCAAUGGGUUGAAGGGGCUCUUGUUACACAGCACUGGGAAAACUGCAGAUCCAAAACCAAUCUACUGGGCAGUGAGGUGUCCAAAAGGAAAAUACCAAACUAGAGUUAGCUGAGGCUCUGGGGUGUAAAAAUAAGUAUCAUCCAAAACUUGAACACAUAGUAGCUGUACCAGACAAUCUUAAUAUAUUAAGUGUCUCCUGGACUUAUGGUGUUACAGGCCAAGCUGUUUUAUGCUCUGGUUUUUUAUAAGCACUCCUCCUUGAGUUGUUUGUGAGAUGGGGAAGGGAAAAGGGAAAAGAAGGAACUCGAGAUCACUUGCUGGGGUAACCAGCGUGGCAUUGGGAAGGGUGUAAGUGGAACUGACUGAGAAGAAGGUGGGUCAAGAUCUGGGGAAGUAACUACUUCAGCUGUGCCUUUUAAUGUAAACUUCUCCCCUCUCCCUUCCUGGAAUCCCUGUCCUGUGGCAAUGUUAACACUUCUAUUACAGUGUAGGGUUGUUGUUGUGGUUUCUCUUUUAUUUUUGUAUAACAAUUGGUGUUUGUCUGGAAAGUGUGUCCCUUGCUUUGCUUUGCAUCCUGCACUGAGCUGUGCCGAGAGCCCAAUUCCUGCCUCCUGCUUUGGAGCCCUGCUGCUGCACUGCCAAUGCCUCAAGAGCUGAGAGCCAGGACGUCAGAGCAGCAGUGUGAGGAUUUUCAGCAGCAUUUGUGUUUAAAUAUGUGACCUGAUGAAGGAAUUAAACUUUUAUUUAAAAAACAA